GAGGUCCCGGGGGGCAGGCAGCUGCGCCCCUCUGCCUGGCGACAGCGCCCGGACCGUCGCGACCCUAGCGUGGCGCCUGGCCCACCCUGCCCAGCCCAGGCCGCGGCCCCAUGUGCGCCCGGGCUCGGCGGCGAGCUCAGCUCAGCUCGCCCUGCCGUCAGGGCUGGCGGGGUCCCCGCGCCCCCGACACUCUGGCAUCUGCUUCCGGCUGGGGCCCUCCUCGCCCCCACCGGGCGUGCCUGGACAUGCGCGAGGCGCCCAGGGGCUUGGGAGGCCAGCCGGGCCUCCUGGGGGUUGGCGUUAGACGGGUCCCUGGCCACCUGGAGAAGCCAAGGCCCCUUGGGGCUGAUGGUUUCCUGGAAGGGGAGGCGUUGUUUCCUGAGGACCUGGGGUGGAGAAGUGAGAAGGGGAGCCCAAAGUCCAGGACAGCUGACCCCUUCAGUGAGGGAGACGGUCCCUGCUCCAGCCCAUGGUGCCGGUGAGGUGUGCCCAGCUGUCCUUGGCGGGAGCUCGUUCCGUAGGCUAUGUCCCGACUUCUGCUGUGGUUCCUGUUCCAACCAAUACUGCUGCUCUGAUGUGCUAAAGAGACUGGUGUGGACUGACGAUGAGUGUGCCGUGUCCAUGGCCAGUGUGUCUACCCCCACGGAGCCUUGGGAGCAGCUGGGCUCACCGCUGAGAUUUGGAUCCAGCUUUGACAGUGACUCCAUGUCAGGGUUCGGAGCCACCGUGGCCAUCGGCCUGACCAUUUUCGUGCUCUCUGUUGUCACCAUCAUCAUCUGCUUCACUUGCUCCUGCUGCUGUUUGUACAAGAUGUGCCGUCGGCCGCGUCCCAUCGUGACCACCACCACAGCCACCACCGUGGUGCACGCCCCUUACCCUCAGCCUCCAAGUGCACCCCCUAGCUAUCCUGGACCGACGUACCAGGGCUACCACCCCAUGCCCCCCCAGCCAGGAAUGCCAGCAGCACCCUACUCAACACAGUACCCACCACCCUACCCGGCCCAGCCCAUGGGGCCUCCAGCCUACCACGAGACCUUGACUGGAGGUGCAGCUGCACCCUACCCCGCCAGCCAGCCUCCAUACAACCCAGCAUAUAUGGAUCCCCCGAAAGCAGUCCCCUGAAUGCACCCCACCUCUCUGGCUGCCACUUGAUUGUGUAUGUGCGCGUGCGAGUGUGUGUGUGUGUGUGUGUGUGUGUGUGUGUGUGUUAUGCAGGCACACUUUUUACUACCCUAUGUACAUUGUAUGUGACAUGUGGCUUCCUCUGAUGUUAACUAGGUGGGCUGGGACUAAACUGUUCUCUUCACUUGAAAUUAUGCAGAUUCACUGAAAUCUCGAGCAGAUUUGAAAAGUGGAGUGGGCAGUCUUUUCCAGCUCACCACAGGGUGACUAGGCACAACCUGGCAUCCUGGGAUAGCAGUUGUUUGAGGCAUCACACACAUGUCCUGGUUGUGGGAAUGGUUGCUGGAGGCCAUGGCUUGUCCCCAGGGGUUGGGGAGCCCUUGGCUGAGGCAGGCAAGCAGUAGGCUCUUGCUGAGGCCCUGUCCUUUGGGCAGAUGUCUGGUUGUUCCCUGGAGCCUGUGCCAUGCUCGAUGGGUGGUUGGUCAGCUCCUGAGGUGGGAACACUGGCAGGGUCCCAGCCACUCGAUAGCUCCCCGUCCCAGCAGCCUCCCUGGGAUUGCCUGGGUGCCACUGCUCUCAAGACUAGAGGCCCAUGGGGAAGCUUUCCUGCGCUUGCUGACCUGGCCCCUGCCACAGGUGGGCAGUGGGGUCUCUGUCCACCAACACACUCAGGUCUCCUCCCUGCAGUGUUUCUGUUACUUUUAGCCAAAAAUUUUGCCUAUUUGUUUUAAAAUGUGAUAGCUGAUGUGAGGCUUUCAAAUGUGUGGAGAACGAAUCUACAGAAGAGGGGGACAAGCUGACUGCUGACAGUCCUGCCGGCCCUGAUGGCAGCCUCAUGGAAUAUCUAACCCUAGUACCCAGGUCACAGUUCGUCCUGGCAGCGGAGACACCAGGGCCAAGGGGCUGUCUGGACCAAAGAGGAGUAGUGGGUGAGGGGAUGGGAGGCCUGUGUGGUAGCUCUGGCCCCAACUCGAAUACCUCGGAGUUCUUGUGACUAUUAAUGUCUUACCAGCUGUCUUAGCUUUGUAUCUGUUGUAUUUUGGAGAGCCUGGGCUCUGCACCCUUGUUUAUAAUAAACGCAAAUAUUUGGA